AUGAAAUCAUUACUACGUGGAGAUGGGAAAAAAAAAAAAGAUGAGAGAAAGGAGAAAAAGAUUGAUCGGUCUCCAAUAAACGAAUGGACACACACGUAUAAUAUAGACCUAACCAUUUUCAGUGCCUCUUCGACACCUCUGCACACGUUCCCCCCGAAUUUAACCCCCUAUCCAGGCGACGAAUUGCUAAAUGUGAAGAUGACGUUUUCUGACCCUCGGCAUCCCUUGAGCACGAACGACUUCACAGAUUUGUUCCAAGUGUACAACUACCUGGUGAAGAGACUAAACAUAAGAACAGAGGACUACAACUUACUCGUCGCCAUUCCCGAAAAAGUGGAAAAGUUGUUCAUAAGUAAUAUGCUCAACUGGGCAUUCAAGACUCAUCAAUUCGCAUCGAUAUCUUUUAUUUACAACUCUCUCGCGGCGUCCUACUACUACGGACUGAAAACAGCCCUCGUUGUGGACUUAGGCGAAACCGCAAGCAGAGUAUCCCCCGUCGCGGAAAAUCACGGGGUUUUCCUGGAUAGCGCGAAGAACUGCGAAAUAGGAGGCCACCUAAUAACUAAAUACAUUUCCAAUUUUGUCAAAGUAAAGGAUAGGCACGUUGACUAUACCCUUGUGCAAAAUUAUAAAGAGUUAAACAGUUACAUAAGUCUAGACAUUGACCGGAGCAUAAAAAUGAACAGCGAUUGUAAUGGCUUGUUGAAACCUUAUAGAAUUCCAUACAGUAAUAUUUACAUAGACCCCAAGGCUGAAGUGUUAAGCAACGAAAUUUAUUUUCAGCCUGAGUUUUUAGCGCACUUACCUGGAUAUUACUACAAACAAAACCUAGUGCCAUUAAGUCAGCUAAUUUUCGAGUGUGUAUGUUCUUGUCCAAUGGAUUUACGAAAACAAUUGCUGAACAACAUUGUCCUCGUUGGCGGUGUAUCAGAUUGUGUCAACAUGCACGAACGGUUACAUAAAGAGCUGGUCAAUAUCUUGCGGCUUAAAAAUUACAGUGAAAAUACAAAAGUGCACGUAAAAAAUGAAUGCAUGUCUAACAUAGCCGCUUACCUAGGCUGCAGAAAGUACGGGAAAGCCAUUUACCACAAUAGGAAUAAAUGGGUUACGCGGGAGGAUUACUUCGCGACGGCUAACGCGAAGGUGAUACAUAGGCUUUUGAUGUGGGCUAACGUUUUGUAG